AGGACUCUUCUUACGGUUACGGAAAUACAAACUUGGAAACAGCGUCUUUUUUGCUUUUGUGGGCAUCACAGAAGAAGUGAGAGAGAGUAGCCGACUAGGGAGGGAGAAAAGAGUGUGCUGCCGUGUUGGUUGGUAGUAAAUCCGGGCCGAGCGUGCUUUUCUCUCUGCUGCUGCCGCUUUUCCUUUUUUUCAUUGUCUCUCUCUUACUACCAAAAACGGCUCUGCAAUUCUCAGAUCAUGCGGACUAUCUUCCCCGACCAGAUUUGUUCGCCGGAGAACUGAAAUGUACGGCUAAGAUUAAUGCUCUUCGGUGAACUUUAGGGGGGAAAUAUUACUUUUAUCUUUGUUCGUCAAUGGGGAGUGUUUCGGAAUCCGAAGAUGGUUUUGAUCAGCAGAGCGAGCGGUUCGGGAGCUACAGCUUGAGUGCUGACGUCAGUGAGUCGGAGAGCUCCAGUAGUUUUUCUUGCCGGCGUUACGAUGCUGAGGGUGCUUCUAGCUCUCUGUCGUCUUCACCGCUUCCUGCUCGCCUAUUGGCCGGGAAUUCCCCCUUUCCGGCGCCGCAUCUGAUGCUACCUGUCAUUGGGGGGAGAGAUGUGGUGGUUUGGGAGGAGAAGCCGGAGAAGCGGGAGGCAGAUUUGUCUGAAGUUGAGAUGAUGAAGGAGCGGUUCGCUAAGCUUCUUCUUGGAGAAGACAUGUCUGGUGGGGGGAAGGGAGUUUGUACUGCUCUGGCCAUCUCGAAUGCCAUAACAAAUCUCUCUGCUUCCGUUUUCGGAGAGCUUUGGAGGUUGGAGCCAUUGGCGCCGCUGAAGAAGGCAAUGUGGUGCAGAGAGAUGGAAUGGCUCUUAUGUGUGAGUGACUCCAUCGUCGAACUCGUUCCCUCAUUGCAAGAGUUCCCAGGAGGUGGGACCUUCGAGGUCAUGGUGACUCGGCCACGCUCGGAUCUAUACAUAAACCUCCCAGCCCUCAAGAAGCUCGAUGCUAUGCUGCUGAGCAUACUUGAUGGAUUCCGGGAUACUGAGUUUUGGUACGUCGAUCGUGGCAUUGUUCUAGCUGAUGCUGAUGAUGGCGAUGCUUAUCCAACAUCCUCCUCUUUCGGGAGGCCUUCUAUUAGGCAGGAAGACAAGUGGUGGCUCCCGUGCCCCAGAGUCCCACCUAAUGGUUUAUCGGAAGACGCAAGAAAGAGAUUGCAGCAAUGUAGGGACUGCACGAAUCAGAUCCUUAAGGCAGCCAUGGCAAUCAAUAGCAGUGUUCUUGCAGAGAUGGAGAUUCCAAAAGCAUAUUUGGAGAGCUUACCAAAGAACGGAAAAGCUUGUUUAGGUGAUAUUAUCUACCGCUACAUAACUGCAGAUCAAUUCUCUCCAGAAUGUCUUCUUGAUUGCUUAGACCUAUCAUCAGAGCAUCACACUCUUGAGGUAGCAAAUAGAAUUGAAGCUGCUGUGCAUGUUUGGAGGCAGAAGGACCAUAAAAAGCAUUCAAACCAUACAAAAUCUGGGCGAUCAUCUUGGGGCGGCAAAGUCAAGGGGCUUGUUGGGGAUGGAGAAAAGAGCCAACUUCUAGCAGAACGAGCAGAAACUCUCUUACAAAGCCUAAGGCUACGGUAUCCUGGUCUUCCACAGACUGUUCUGGACAUGAACAAGAUCCAAUACAAUAAGGAUGUGGGGCAGUCGAUCCUUGAGAGCUAUUCAAGGGUGAUGGAGAGCUUAGCCUUCAACAUAAUGGCGAGGAUUGAUGAUCUUCUCUAUGUGGAUGAUGCGAUCAAGCGGUGUGCUGCAGCAGACUCUCUGUCUUUGUUUGGCCGGGGAGGGAAAGGAAGUCUUCCCAUACAAAAGAAGAUUUCACCCAGCCCUUUCACAAUCCAUCAGUCCCCUUACGCCUCUCCAUUUGCAACACCAACCUUCUGCGCUUCAACUCCGGUGGUUGGAAGUCCUGGAAGGACAAAUUCCUCUAUAAUAAGCAAAAACAGUAAUAAGGGCUUGCAGGAUGUGAAGGAUGAUAAACUGAAUGCAGAAGACAUGGAGAGAGUGUGGUCUUACGCUGGAAAUCUGAGCCUGAGUGGCAGAAAAGAUUCUGGAGAUGCUCCAGAGCGGGAUUGACUUGCAAUGAACCAUUAAUGCUACUAAAAGUAAUAGAAAGAUUUUUUUUUCUCCUUCUGAUCAUAUUAAUUGAGAAUGGUAUUUAAUGUGUUGUCUCAUAUCUUGUAUAUUCUUUAGAAAUAGAAAUUAUAUAUUUCAUAGUUUUGAUCUUUA